AUUGGAAGACUCGGAAAAAUCAUACGACGACUUGAUGCAAGAAGACUUGUCAAAGUCAAGAAAAACUAAAGUUUUUGUUUUCCUUUUUAAAAAGAGCGACAAUCAUAAAAACUUAUCACACAAACACAAAAGAAAGAAUACAUGAUGAUUUCAAAUCAAUCUUCUUACUUUUCUAGUUUUGUUACAUUGUAUUUCUUCUUCUUCUUGGUGGCUCUUGUUCUACACACUUUUGCUUCUCCAAUGCUCCACUAUUGCCGUCAUGACCAGAGGGAUGCUCUUCUUGAUUUCAAACACGAGUUUCCGGUAAAUGAAUCCAACUCAGUUCCAUCUUUAAAUUCAUGGAACAAGAGCAGUGAUUGCUGUGAUUGGGAGAAUGUCAAAUGUGAUGCUAAAUCUGGCAAUGUGAUUUCACUUUACUUCAAACACAUCUCUCUCAACAACUCUUUGAAACCAAAUAGUGGUCUUUUCAAACUCCAACAUCUUAGAAACCUAACUCUUAGAGAUUGUCACCUGCAUGGAGUGAUUCCUUCUUCAUUAGGAAACCUUUCUCAUCUCACACAUCUUGACCUUAGGGAAAAUGAUUUAGUAGGCGAAGUUCCAAUUUCAAUCGGAAACCUAGCCCAACUAGAAUACCUAAACCUUGACAAUAACCAGUUAAGUGGAUAUAUUCCUCUUUCCUUUUCCAACUUUACGAAACUAUCCUAUUUCCAUAUCUCAAACAAUCAAUUCACGGGUGAAUGCCCUCUUGUACUACUCAGUUUAGCCACUAGUUUGUCCGUCUUAGACAUUAGUGAAAAUCUAUUUAAAUCCACGCUUCCUUCUGACAUGAGUGGAUUCCACAACUUAAAGUAUUUUUAUGUGUUCAGAAACUCACUGUUUGGGUAUGUUCCUAGAUCUUUGUUCAUGAUUCCUUCCCUAAUAAUGGUUAAUUUGAGGGAGAACCAGUUCAAGGGAUCUAUAGAAUUCAGGAAUACAUCCUCCUCCUCUAUGCUUCAGAUUCUAAACCUUGGCCAAAACAAAUUCGAUGGUCCUAUUCUCAAUUUCAUUACAAAAUUUCCCAAUCUUGAACAUUUAGAUCUUCAUGACAACAAUUUCGUUGGGUCAAUACCCAAAUCAAAUUUGGUCAAACUUGAGUAUCUUGAUCUUUCUAACAAUAAGUUGGAAGGCAAAAUACCCGGUUGGUUAAGGAGCGUUCAGUGGUUGAUACUUUCUCACAACUCUUUCAGCAGUUUUGGAAAAUCAUGGGAAGUUUCCGAUCUAACACAGAUUCAAAUGUUGGAGCUUGGUUCAAAUUCUUUCCGAGGACCAUUACCCGAUUGGAUCUGCAAACUUAGACCAGUAAUUUUCUUAGAUAUGUCCAACAAUAGCUUCAGCGGCUCAAUCCCUCAAUGUUUGAGUAAUACAAUUUCUGGUCUCCAAGAGCUAAAUUUACGAAACAACAACUUGAGUGGAGUUCUUCAUCCAGACAUAUUUCUCAACACAACCUUCUUAUCCUCAGUUGACAUCAGCAACAACCAGUUGGAAGGAAAACUUCCAAAAUCACUGAUCAACUGCACUACUUUGGAGUUAUUGAAUGUGAAAAGCAACAGAAUCAAAGACACAUUUCCAUCUUGGUUGGGUUCUUUGCCGUCAUUAAAUGUCAUGAUCCUCCGAGAAAACGAAUUCUACGGGCCCUUGUAUCAUCCUCAUGUCUCCAUUGGGUUUCAGAGUUUAAAAAUCAUUGAUAUAUCAUAUAACCAUUUCAACGGAACUUUGCCGCCUUUCUAUUUUUCCAAGUGGCGUGAGAUGGCCACUUUAUCCGAAGAAUAUCUUGACAGCAUGUACAUGUAUAGUGAUUUCCGUGUGUCAAUGGAAAUGGUGAACAAAGGAGUUGAUACAAAAUUUGAGUGGAUCCUAAAAGACUUCAAGGCUAUUGACUUUUCAGGAAACAGAUUUUUUGGAAAGAUACCAGAAUCUGUUGGGUCAUUGAAGGGACUGCGUCUUCUCAACUUGUCAAGUAACGGAUUCACGAACGAUAUACCUCAAUCUCUGGCAAAUCUGACAAAUCUCGAGGCACUAGACCUAUCUCAGAAUCAGCUGUCAGGUCAGAUUCCUCAAGAUCUUGCCAGUCUCUCAUUUUUGUCAAUCAUGAACUUCUCCCAUAACAAUCUCCAAGGUCCAAUACCACGAAGCACACAGUUUCAAAGACAAAACUGUUCUGCGUUCAUGGAUAACCCUAGACUCUACGGUCUCGAAGAUAUAUGUGGAAAAAUUCAUGUCCCUAAUCCUACACCACAAGAGUCCGAAGAUCUGUCCGAGCCAAAAGAACAAGUGAUUAGUUGGAUUUCAGCUGGGAUAGCCUAUGGACCUGGUGUGUUUUGUGGGUUGGUGAUUGGACAUAGAUUCUCUCCACGCAUACACAAUUGGUUCAUGUAAAAGUUCUAUCGAAAGCAAGCACAAAAUAGUCGCCAAAUGUGCAUGUUGAACACCAUCUGUUUUCAUUCUGUUUGAUGAUUUUGUAAUAAACGUUUUAUGAUAUUAAUAUAAAUUGAAAAUUCAUUCAGAAACUUCUUCCUACAUAAAACCAAAACCUGAGAGAGUACAAGCGUUGAAUUUUAACAUACGUAAACUUUUUUUCUCCUAAAUCAUAGAGGAUGCAAAUAUCUCAAACUAUUGCUUCACACACGUCACUUUUGCUCUGCAAGAAGUGUAGUAUUGAUCAGAAAAAGACACUAGUUCUAUUACCAAAUAUAAUUGGGAGAAGUUCAUCAAAAACUAGAUCUGGAUAGUUAUGAUUUGAGUAGGCUAUAUUACAGCAAAUUCAGUUGGGGGAUUAAAGACUAUUACUGAACUCUCUUAUAUGCAACUAUUUUUACUCUAAAUGGAGAUUUUCAAGUACUGGUUCAUAAGUUCAAACAUCCAUCUCUCUUUUCAUUCUCUUGAUCACGGCUGUCAAAAAGGUGAAUAAGUUUUCUUAUAACU